AUGGCAGCCCCUGAACUCACCUACUUCACCUGCACAUUGGGACAAGCAGCCAAAUGGAAACAGACAAACCCUCGGACUUUUGACACGAUAAAUCACCUCCUAGACGAACAGGCGAAGUACACUCCAGAAAGUCUCGCCGUUGGAUUUUCUCAUAUAAAAGAAUCCACUGAAGAUGACCCAUAUCCAGUCAAGCUCAAUUUUUCCGAGUUGCGUAGUUUUUCCUUCGCUGCAGCAUCGACCCUCAGUGGGCGUCUCUCUAGCCUCAAGUUUCCGCAAACGCAACGCGUCACGGUAGGCUUGCUGAGCAGAAGCAGUCCCGACUUCCUUGGAGCUUGGCUGGGACUUUUACGCCUGGGUCUGCCAGUCAUUCUUUUGGCCCCACAACUUGAGCCAUCAGCUAUCAAACACCUUUGCACCGUGAGCCAAGUCACUACCAUCCUUACCGAUCGAUGGAACUACACCAAGGCCACAUCUGUAAAUGGGAUACAGAUCAUUAGCAUUGAUGGCCUGGCAAAUCUCAUCGGAUCAGCUGUCCCCAAUACCCCAAUGUGUCGGCCUUCUAAGCCGACGGAUAUCGCGUACUUCUUCCAUACCUCGGGAACAUCGUCGGGUCUGCCCAAGCCCAUUCCACAAACCCACCACGCAGCAGUCGGAGUACUGCCAAAUCUGCCGCACGGGAAUCAAUUUCCAACGUUCUCCACAACACCUCUGUAUCAUGGCGGCAUUGCGGACUGUUUUCGGGCGUGGUCCAGCGGCGCUAUGAUCUGGCUGUUUCCUGAAGGCUUGAUCCCCAUCACCGCACGCACUAUUCGCAGUUGCAUUGAGGUUGCUGACACAGUCGGCGGCCCUCCGGUACAAUAUUUUACUUCAGUGCCGUAUAUCCUUCAGAUGCUCGCCGAAGACUCUGCUGCGUUGCACUUGUUGAGCUGUAUGAGGCUCGUAGGCGUCGGGGGUGCAGCCCUUCCAGCCUCGGUAGGCGACAAAUUGGUCAGCAACCAGGUAAACCUUGUCUCGCGGUAUGGAAGUGCAGAAUGCGGCUUUCUGCUAUCAUCCCACCGUGACUAUUCGGUAGACAAGGAAUGGCAGUAUCUUCGGACGACCGAAGGUUUCGACAGUCUGUCCUUCGAACCUCAUGACGAUCAACUUCAUGAGUUGGUGGUUAAGUCAACUUGGCCAUGUGUGGGGAAAGUGAACAGAAAAGACGAUUCAUACGCAACUUCGGAUGUGUUUGAGCCCCAUCCUACCGCUCCAGAUUUAUGGCGAUAUCACGGUCGUGCGGAUGCCCAGAUCAACCUCGUCAAUGGAAAGAAGUUUGAUCCUUCUCCUGUUGAAGCAGCUAUCGUGGCUACAAUCAGUAUUCUACAGGAUAUUUUGAUAUUUGGCAAUGGUAGAGAAUACCCAGGUGCCAUAUUCUUUCCGACAAAGGAAGCCAAGAGUACUAUGUCUCCAGAAGACAUUCUCGAAACUGUCUGGUUUACAGUCAAUAAGCUGAAUGAGGAGACACAAAGUCACGCAAGGAUUUCUAAGUCCAUGCUGGUCAUGGCUCAUCCAAGCAGAAAUGAAGCAACAUUGCCGAAGAGUAGUAAAGGGUCCAUUCUCAGGGGACAGGCAGAGAAGAUCUUUGCAGAAGAAAUCGAGAGAGCUUAUCAAAGCCAGGCACUAAUAGGAUUGCCAUCGACUGUGCCAAACGACCAGCUUCUCCUAGCGAUCAGAGGAGUGUACUGCCAAGUGUCCGAGCGAGAUAUAAAUCCUGAUGAUGAUGUCUUUUAUCAAGGGAUCGACUCAUUGGCAGCCAGUCGAAUUCGGACGUUGGUCAACAAUACAUUUCUCUCAGGGAGUGGAGUGGAACUGGGACCAAAUGCCGUGUAUGACUUCUGUACGGUCCGGGCUCUUACCGAACGACUCAAAAUAUUGAGGCUACAAAAGAACGGGCCACACCGAGAAAAUAUUAUCGACAACACUAGCCUCGAACUUAUGCAAGAGCUUGUUACUGAAUACUCAGACUUCACCAAUGUCAAGGUCAAGACAGGUAUCAGGCGCCAGUCUGAUCAAGUCAUCGUAUUGACGGGGGCCACAGGGGGUCUUGGCGCCCAUAUAUUGGACCUCCUGAGACGGUCAAGGAAUGUGCAAAGGGUUUAUUGCCUGGUACGUGCGCAGAUGAAGGAAGAAGCUCGAGAUCGAGUCGUCAAGUCUUUGAAAGCUCGGGGUCUUCCCGGCCUUGAUGACCAUAGGUUUGCGAUCGAUCAGGAUCCCGUGGAAGUUGUUUGUGUACAGUGCAGGAUUGCAGAGGCUCGGCUUGGGCUGCCAGAUGGACUCUGGAGCUCCUUGCUAAAGCACGCGACAACGAUCAUUCAUUCGGCAUGGGCAGUCAACUUCAACAUCAACUUACGGUCCUUUGCCAACCAUCUCAGAGGAACCCAGUCUCUGGCAGCUCUGGCAAUGGAGGCCGGGGCUCGUUUCAUUUUCGUUUCUUCAACAGCUGCCGUUUUGUAUGGCCGGUCCAAUCCCGUUCACGAGAAGAUUUCUUCCCGCCCUGAAGACGCAUCGCCCCUAGGAUACUCCCGCUCAAAAUGGGUUGCUGAGGGCAUCUGUGCUCGAGCAUUCGAACAUGCUUGCAAUGUGCGUCUUGACCAGACUUUCAGCAGCAAUUAUGGCACACAAAGUUCAAUUUGCAUUGUCAGAGUUGGGCAGCUAUGUGGGGGUGCAGCCGGGAUUUGGAAUAUGAGUGAAGCAUACCCAUUAAUGCUGUCGACAGGGAGAAUGUUGGAUUGUCUGCCUGAUUUGGGAGAGGAAGCCAUCGACUGGCUUCCAGUUGACCAAGCAGCGAAAGCAAUUCUCGAAAUAUCAGCGCAUGUCAACGAGGACUAUCAAGCCCUGUCAGCUAUCGAGACACCCGUUUACCAUGUACUCAACUACCAUAAAGAUGUGACAUGGAAGCACCUUCUGGACUGGAUCCGGACAUUCGAGGAAGAGGAGCCUGGCUGCUCGUCUCAUAUUGAGAUACUGCCGCCUCAGAGAUGGCUAGACAAGCUCGAAGAGAAUCUAUCCGGGGACAAAACCCGCCAUUCAGCUACAGCCCUGAUUCCACUUUGGCGGCGCCGCUUCGGAACUUCCCGAACUGCAGUCAAAGUCCCAUCUUUUGAUGUAGAGACGACUUCAGGGAUAUCGCCUUCAAUCCACUCCGUAAGGCCGCUCACGCCAGCACAGGUCAAGACAAUGUGGCAAUGGAUAAAUCAGAAUACGCAUCAAUAG